AUGCGGGCUGGUUUCAUAUGCAUCUGCCCGCCGAAGGCAGUGGUGUUAGGCGCAGACCGCCACCUGCACAGAGACGAGUGCACCCAGCAGCUGCAUGCUGAGCUGGACAAGACGGAGGAGGCCGAUGUGCAGGCGGCAGCGCGCAGCGCGUACGCAGUCCUGCCUGGCGGCGGCGUGCGCGCGAUCAACCCCGGCCCCGAGCUGUCGCUCUCGCAGACCGACACGUGCUUCGCCAUCCUGAAGGGCCACCUGACCAACCGCCCCGCGCUCAUCGCGCGCGUCGGCGCUGACGCGGGCGCCGACGCGAGCGACGCGGAGCUGCUGCGGCUGAUGUAUUUGAAGUAUGGGGUGGAUCUCCUGGGGCGGCUGGAGGGGCAGUUUGCGUUCUGCCUUUACGACGCAAAGCAGGCGCGCGUGCUGGCUGCGCGCGACCCCAGCGGCAGCCACGGCCUGGUGGAGGGCCGUACCGCCGCGGGCAGCCUGCUGAUCUGCUGCGGUACGUUCCUGCCCGAUGGCGCGCACGACGUAACCAAGAUCCACCCCGGCUGGUGGGCCGAGUCUCCCUAG